AUGGUAGGGCUGCUAAAGGAUCCUAUCUGGGUCAAGCCGGGCCUGGUUUCAGCCCAUUUUCAGCCCCACAGAGGUCCUUUCAGUUCGGCUUUAAAGAUGAUGAACGCUGUGCUAGGUCCUAAAUAUGAUGGCAAGUAUUUGAGGAGCCUUCUAAAGGAUGGCAGCACUUCAAAGGAUGCACUGCUCUCCGACACUUGCAUAAGUACUUCUGCAGCACCAACCUAUGUGCUUGCCCAUUAUUUUGAGAAUAAAGGGUCUGGUGGAGAGGUCAGGUUCUUUCACCUCAUUGAUGGCGGGGUUGCUGCUAAUAAUCCUACACUAGUAGCAAUCAGUGAGGUGACAAAAGAGCUUUCUCGAGACAAUCCGGAUUUUUUUCAAACCAAACCAUUGGAUUAUGCUCAAUUUCUUGUCAUCUCUCUUGGGACUGGUUCAGUGAAAACACAAGAAAUUUAUAGUGCCAAGGCUGCUGCUGGUUGGGGUGUACUGCGAUGGCUUUACAACAAGGGUAAUUCGCCAUUAGUGGACACUUUGUCUCAAGCAAGUGCAGACAUGGUGGAUGUUCAUAACUCUAUUGUAUUUCAAGCGCUUAAGUCGAAAGAUAAUUUUCUCAGAAUCCAGGUAUAA